AUGGUGAUCUCAAAGUUCUCCGAAGUCAUCUCCUGCCUCGAGCAAACGGAUCCAACCCAUCCACCUUCCUUCUACUAUUCCCUGGAGGUAGUCAAGCGUUAUGCUAGAGCGAAGAUAGCAAAGGGAAGUGGCAGACAAUUGAUGUGUAAACAUGGUAAAUUGGAAACACUCGAAAGCAAAUUCUCAUCUUUGGGAUUACAAGAUAUAUUCUACUUGACUCGCUUACACUUGAAAUUACCUCCUUCCUCCAUCACCUUACCAUCUCCUUCGACUACCGUCAGACAAACACUUCUUAAAGCUGGAUAUCCUUUACCUAUUUCUCCAAGCCAAGCUGGUCCAUCAUCACCUAAGCAUCGUAUAGGUGAAAGAUCAAGGAGUAGAAGGGGUAGUCGAAGUUUGACGAGUAGUCCUGUUCCAUUCGCCUCGACUACACCUGCAUUAUUAAGGAGAUCAUCAAGUUCUAGACCUGAUUUACCUUCAACGUCAUCUUCUAAUGUCAAGGAUCACCCACAUGGAGCAAUUGCAGGGAAUGUACCAUCAAGUAUGACCAGUCCGAAACAAUCGAUAACAAUGUCAUCACCUUCGAGUUCAUCUGGCUGUAGUAGUCAUUCACCUACUAUGUCAAGUAGAUGGACACCGCUCUUAAUGGGAUUAGGACUCAAAACGAUACUUGAUUCUUCCUCUUCCUCUUCCUCUUCCUCUCCGAGACACGACCAUCAAUCACAGAUACCUUCAAUCGCUCAACAGGCUGAAAUAACAUUUAACAGUUUCAGUCCUUUCCAAUCACCUACUGGUAUGACUGUGAAAGAGCACGAAAGGGGGAAUAUGACUUCGAGUCCGAACUCACAAUCCCCUUGUUCAGUGGAAAUUCUAGAUCUUACGCCUUUAAACUUGAACGAUAAACCUCAAGAUGAGGAGGAAAUCGUACAGAUGGAAGUCUUCCUGAACGAAUCAAAAUAUAACGAAGCGUACUCACUCUCACUUUCCCCGCUGCCGCAGAAGGAAGGAAGGGAGGUCGAAUAUCUAGAGAGUACCUUGGAUCUGCAGGUUGGGUUGAAAAUGUAA